AAGCGGGAAAAAGAGCCGUUGCUCAUCAGCCUACCCAAAAUUUGGCGCCAAAAAAAUUCCCCAAGGGCAGCCCGUAAAUAUCCGGGCAGUCACCCUUUAUAUUUCUCUCUCUCUCCCCCCCCCCUCCCCUUAAGAAAUCAAAAGCUUAGCUAUAAACAUCUCUCUCUAUUUCCCCUCAAAUUCAAAACUCUCCCCCUUUCCUAAAGUACAUUCUUUUUCAAUUUCUGCCUGAUUUUAAUCAAACAAAACAAUUUCCCCCCUGCUUUGUAUUACUCUGCCUUCACCCAUUCAUUUCCAAGCUUGGGUUCUCUUGUUUUUGCAUCAAAAUCCCUGCUUUUGAUCCAGUCAAAAAAAUAAAAAUGGGCUUCUCCAAAAAACCACAACUCGACGGAGCCUUGGACUCCGAAGGGAAGAAAUGGGUAAUCACCGUAAGGACUUCAUUGAAGCCGAUAAACACGAAGCUGCCCAGAGCAAAAGAAAGCGAAGAAGAUGAACAAGAGUCAACAACUCCAACUUCAAAAGAAGCAAAGAUACCAGAGAAAUUACCAUGCCCUUUAGCUCCAAGGAAGCCUAGGCCUACACUGAGAUUCCAUUAUAAUGGAGUUAGGGACUUCUUCACUCCUCCUGAUUUGGAAUCAGUAUUCAAGCUUCAUGCUGUUUGAGUUAGGAACAUGAAAACUAAUCCCUUUUUUAUUAGACUGAAAGAAGUUUAAGGUUUUCUUAGGUUAGCCAACAUAGUAGGAGAAGAGCUAAAGGUGUAUAAAAGAUAUGAUACUUUGUAUGACAUGAGUAGACUAGUUUUCACUUACUUCAUUUUCACCUCAAUGUUUUCUUGACCAUCACAUAAUGUUAUAAAGCUUCUUGCUUUACCUGAUAGUAGAAGCUACUACUUCAUAGUGUAAUGGAAUGGUUUGGCAUAAUGUUACUUGUUUGUAAUGCUUUAGAUGCUUCAAGAUUAUGAG